AUGACGUCCGUCUCCAGCGCCGAACCUAUUGUCAUGGAUACCGCUGAUCGUGCUGACCAUGUAGAUCUUUUAAAAGGUCCGGUUCGCCUCAAUCAACAGCCAGAGGACUUUGAAGCUCUCGAAGAAGACCGGCAGGCGGACACCAGCCAUAACACGGACAUUGGGCCGCAAGAAGAUGGUCUGGAAGCGAGUAAAUCCCAGCCUUGCGAGAAAGAUGAGAACCGUAUUCUCCCAGCGCCUAUCCCGAGGACGCCUCUCCCUAGUCUUUCCCCUGAGAUAUUCCUUCAGUUACGCGACACUUGUGCUGAGCCACGGUGCCAGGAGACUCCGUGCAAGUUCAGGGAUUUCUGCCCACGACACCGUAAUCAGCGACAAAAGGAGAAACGUAGAGCAGCUUAUGUUGCGGGUGAAUCUGUGAGGCAAUGCGCGAUCCAGGACUGUGAUCAAGCAACAACGUUUGAUUCGAGACUAUGCAAGAAUCAUGGCAAUUUGAGGACCAGCAUCUACAUGUGGAGAAAGUCUGUGUUCGCCCCAAGAAAGAGCAAGACUGGAAUAUGUCUCGCAUGCUCCAAGGACACCGUAGAUCUAUUGUAUUGCGCUACUUGUACUGCAAGAGUGGAGCAAUACAUGGAACGCACUUCAGUGGGAAGUCAAAGCGAACCCACCGUCUCGUCAGAAAACGGCAGUUCUUCCUCUACAGUUGUCCAAGAACAUUCAGACGCUGAUCAUGUUGAUAACCCACCACCUAUAUCUCCUGGUUAUUCUAAAGUCGUAGGAUCGCUUGCAGCAGCAAUGGAUUCUAUCCUGACCGAUUGUGGCACUGCAUCCAACCAAGACUCUCAGGAUGCUGCCCAGCCAGAGCCUGAAACGAAGCCGUUUAGACGUAUCAAGAUCAGUGAUCUCCUGAAUUGA